AACCAACUGACCAAAUGGCGGCUCCCUCAGUUCUUAAUUGCAAGCCGCUGUGGAAGCUUCGAACAUUGAGAAAGUUGGGGAAUCUGUUAAUGAAAGUGAUACCUUCUUCAGUGGUCAAUCCAAAUUUGGAUUAACAAUUGGAAAAGAAUUUUAUUUAAUUGCAACCGUCGCCACUCGACGUUAUAAUUGGGUGUUAAGUGUUGUUACCGCGGACGUGGUUGGAUAGAGUGCGGUUGGAACCUUAGAGUAAAACCACUCGAUAAGUCAAGAAUUGAAAAGUGAUUCCCAAAAUAGGAUUAAUUGAAGAUGUUGAACAGGAGAGGCCAACAGUUUUUAAUCAUCGCUCUGAUAUUAAUCUCAGAUUUGAGGAGGAUAUCGUGUCAAGAUUUCACAUAUGAUGGGCCUCUCGGACCUAUGCACUGGGGAGAACAAUAUAACGGCUGUGACGGAAAAUACCAGAGCCCCAUUAACAUUGACCCCAAAUUUGUUAACAAAGUUAGUUUGCCACCACUUUCAUUCAGUGGUUUCAAAACAUCGCCCGCUUCAGCAAAAAUAACAAAUAAUGGCCAUACCGCUAUGGUUACGAUGGAUUUCAAGGAAAAAGCAACCGUCACUGGAGGACCAUUGGAUGGCGAAUACGAAUUCGUCCAGUUACAUUUCCAUUGGGGCGAUCAUGACGGAUAUGGCAGCGAAAGUCUCAUCGACCAUAAAAGCUUUCCAGUUGAACUGCAUAUGGUUUUCUAUAAAACAAAGUACGAUUCCUUUACAAAUGCAUUGGACCACCCAAAUGGAGUAACAGUUCUAGCCUCGCUAUUCGAGGUCGCUCCAGACCCAAAUCCAAAUUUUGAAGAGCUUACAAUUCUUGUGAACGACAUUGUUAAACCAGACACUGAAAGAGAAUUCCUGAAUCCUCCGAAUCUCUUGGAAUUUUUAUCGCCGGACCUCAUUCACUAUUACACAUACAACGGAUCAUUGACCACCCCACCGUGCAGUGAGGGUGUUACAUGGAUUGACUUUGCUACUCCAAUCUCGAUCUCAUCAAAUCAGAUCGCCAGUUUUCGUCGUAUCCGAGAUCACCAUGGGCUCCUUUUGAAGCAUAACUCUCGUCCAAUACAACCCUUAAACGGCCGCACUGUUCUAUUCAAUACAGAGCCCAACGACAUCGAAAGUGACAAAAAUAAAUACGACAUUAACGAUAUCAGAUAUGAUUUACAAGAUCUUGAUAAAGCAGAAAGUAAAUAUGAGAAACAUACAAAUAGUGGUAAAAACUACUCACAAACAAUCCAUGGCGCAAAUAAACUUGUCACACUUUUGUAUGUUUUAAUAAUUUCCCUAAUUAUCCGGGAGUAAACCUACAAGGAUCUUAGCACAUAGCAAUUAAGAAUAGAUACUCCCUCGAAGGAAGGAUCUUCGAUGAUUUUGGACACUAGCUUUAAUAAAAUUACGCUUAUUACUUCUACAGUACCGAAACGGUAUUGAAUUUACUUUGUUUUAACUCUCGAACAAACAAUCUCUAGCGUCUUUAUUUAAUGGUAAAUUAUAUUUAGUUUUGACUUUAUUACAUUAUUUACAAUAAGAAACUCUAAUAUUUUAUAAUAUAAUGAAACUCAGAGAAUUUUGCAAGAAAGUACGUGCAUUUGUACGAAUAGGAAUUAGCAAUCAAUCGGUUUCGAAUUAUUGGAAUCAAAUCGCAAGUUGCACAUACUUUCUUGUGAUGCUCACUAGAUAUUCAUUCGCCAUUUAAUAGUAUAAUUUGGGUAGAUAUUAAUUCUGCAUGAAGUUUAUUUAAGGGUGCAGACUAAUGUGAAUUGUAAGUCUCUAGUAUAGUAGAAUAUUUAUAAGAAUACGAUCAGCUCAUACAGAAGGAAUAUUAAUAGCAAUAAUUAAGGUUUAAAGAAUUGAGUUUGUUUUGCAAGGCUAAAUUCACGGUAUCCUGUUUUCUAGGUUUAGUUUAUUUCACAUAAUAUUCGAAACUUUAAUAAAUUACUAAUAAAUUACUUGCUUAAUUGCUGGGAAAA